AAUGACAGAACCAAACAAACAGUGUGGAGAGGAUGAAGAGUCAAGAAAUGAAGUGGAUGACAAAUCUACUGCUUCAGGCUUGAGUGCAGUCACGCCUCUGCCCGCAACCUUGAAAAGACCACCAGUGAAGGACCCAGCAAAUCGUCUAGAGGGUGGCCUGAAAAUACAGAAAAUGGUCCAUGUUCCUCCCAGUAACAAGAAGAAGAAUGGUGCCAUGAGAAAGUGUCACAUGUGUGCUAAGCCAAAGAUCAGAAAAGAAACAAGGUGGUGUGGCUCUCUGCAAACUUUCAUGUUUCAAUGUUUAUCACACGAAGAAAAACUAUUAAAAAGCAGCCGUCCUAAAGAUACCAGCCUCCGGAUAACAUGCAGCUGCCAGCAGAGUUCCUAAGAUGUAUGCCAUGACUAUUAUGAGUGAACAGUGAAAACAGCACAACAGCCACGAGCAAACCCU